GAGGGUGAACCGGAUGUAAAGAAAUAGAAUCAUCGCGGUUGUAUUAAUUUUCACCACUGCUAAUAUAUUUAUUGUCGCAGUGUAAGAGCAGCACUUCUGAAUUGAAGGGUUCUCUGAGACGAUGGAGCACUCUGACUUGCAUAAGAGCUCGAGAAAUCGUGGCGUGGCAGUGAGCCCAGGCUUAGUGUUGUCUGUUGUCUGUUUGGUUCUUUACUCCGCGGGAUUCGUCAGGAUCGAGCUGAAGUUUGACGAUCACGACCAGAGGUUGCAGGCUGUUGAAGAAGCCAUUGCUCUUCUGAAUUUCGAAAUGAAGACCUACAUGAAAGAUGAGGGAGCCGAAAUUUCUGACAAGGAGAAAGCCGGCACGGAACGGAUAUUCAACAGAAUCAAACGGAAUAUACCAAACCCUUCGCCGUUACCCGACAUGGAUGACGACCAGUUUGAGAAUGGUUCACCUUUCAAUUCUACAGAUUUAUUCGAAAAUGGUUCACCCAUCAAUUAUACAGAUAUAUUCAAAAAUGGUUCACCUUUCAACUUCUCAGCCCACUUGGAAGAAGCUAUGAAACAAAUUACCAUUGGCUUACAAGCAAUGAUUCAAAACAGUCUCGACUCUUGCGCAAGCUCGCAAGGACCACCGGGACCACCAGGCGAACCAGGAAUCAUGGGUCCACCAGGAAUGAGAGGAAUGAGAGGAUUCAAAGGGUUUGCCGGAUACCCGGGUCCCCAGGGAUUUAAAGGGGACAUGGGUGAACCAGGUAUCCCUGGGGUUAAAGGAGAGCGUGGACCCCCGGGGUUCCAAGGUAUGAAAGGGGAACCAGGCGAAUCGCUUUCUGCACCAACAGUAACAAUAAGCCCGUCAGAGAUCACCGUUAAAGAUGGAAACACUGCUUCUCUGUUCUGCUCUGUUACCGGAAAUCCCCCUCCGCUAAUAUCUUGGUCCAGAGUCGAUGGUGUGUUACCUAGCAACCGAACUACUGUGACGGAGGAUGGCCUGAUGAAAAUUGCUAAUGCUGGUCAAAAGGACUCUGGGAAAUACACUUGUAAAGCCAAAAAUCUACUGGGGGAAGAUGAACAAACGGCAACUCUUGUAGUACAUAUAAGACCCAGCGUUACUCUCUUGACUGGUCCAUCAUUUGUAGCUAUAGGAGGCAACAUUACCUUCCCAGAAUGCCAGGUGAACAGCGUCCCUCCAGCUGUAAUCACUUGGUCUAAAAGAAAUGGUGUGCUGCCACACUCCAGAGUCAUUUCAAAGGAUGGGGACUUAAUCAUCAUGGAUGCCAAGAGUAGUGACAAAGGCUGGUACACCUGUGAAGCCGCAAAUAUCUUAGGAAUGGAGGUGAAAGCUACUCAGUUACUUUUUAUGAAUUUGAAGACCAUGGAAGAGUAUGGAAACCCAUAUCCAAAGUACAUCAGAACUGGAACAGAUAAAACUAUCUCGGUCGGUUGUGAUUGGAAAGGAGCAAUAUUUGGUAAAUUUCCAGCACUUAUGUGGACGAAAAUAAACGGUCGGAUUCCCUACGAAAGAGCUAAGUAUCGUGGUUAUGAGCUAAAGAUUCGUAAUCCCAAAGUUGAAGACUCAGGGAGAUAUGUAUGCCUUGGAGUGUGGAAUGAGAACAACGUCAAGGCCAUGUUUUCUGUACAAAUUACUAUCACUAAAGUUUGUGCCCCUGUUGGUGUAGCAGACAGAAAUAAGCUGCCAGACUCGCGUAUGACGGCAAGCUCAGUCAGAGGACCCCAAUUUUUACCCUAUUACGGACGACUGGAUACCUCUUACGGAGGAGGAGGCUGGUGUUCAAAGAAUAGAUACACCAGCACAGAUUAUCUUCAAGUUGAUCUUGGAAGCGUUCAGUCUGUCUGUGCCACGAUGUCACAAGGUAAAGCUGGGCGAUUUACUCGAGACAUCGUGUCUACCUACAAGCUGUAUUUUUCACUCGAUGGUGUCAAUUGGAAUGUGUACAAGGAAGAUAAUGUUGAAAAGGUUGUGAAGCAAGAGACACGUUAUCAAGGUUACAAAACAACCGUCUCGUUUGGUCCACCAGUCAAGGCCAGAUUUGUCCGGUUUCAUCCAGUCACAGCCGUCAUAUGGACCUGUAUGAGGGUUGAAGUAUACACAUUACAAUAACGUGGCUGAGGGAAAAUUCAGCGAAAGAGUUACAACGUGAUUGCAACUGCUUUGUCCACACUAAUGAAAAGCUUUUCAUUUUUCAAUUAAAGUAGUUUAUAAUCCAUUGUUGGUUUUGAUUCACAUAGCAAGUCAUGAUCUGAUAACAUUAAAAGGAAUGAAGAAAAAACAGAUACAAAACUAAUUCUUUUCUUGACUUGCUUUCUUUUAAUCUUGAGCUUUUUAUAAUCAGACUCAGUUUUCUGGAAAAAAAAAACUAAUUUUAGAAUGCGCUGGGGACAUAUCUUUAGCUCUAGCAAGUUGUGUAAACACAGGACUGUAUCGACGACAAUAUCGAAACUUUAUGUGUUAUUAGUCUUCUUAACAUAGGCUUUUCUUGGAUGUUCCUCGUGUUUAACGAAAAAUUCCGCUCGCUUUGUCUGACCCAUCAGUUAUAGCUUUCAGUAAUAAUAUAAAGAAAAUUGAUUUGCUUACCGAUCUUUCCACUUGAGUUGACUCAUCACUUCACCUAAAUGAGAUGGAAUUUUUUUAAGUUCUACUAAGCCCAUUUUCUUCCACAAGCAUAGGUGAAUCUUCAGAACCACCAUUCUUCAAGAUACAUUUUCUUUCGAUGGUGAGAUAAGGACACUUUUCUGGGUUGUUUGAUUCUACUCCAGAAUUUUGCCAAUUUUCUCGACCAGUAUGUGAAGCUGUAGGUUUAGAGGACAGAAACUUAAUCCCUAUAGCAGAAUGACAGCAAGUAAAAUCACUGAUGGAAUUUUUUUUUCUUGUAAUAUCGCUAUACAAUAUUGAGUUGACAGGCUUCUACUUAACACAUGCAAUCAGCUUAACGAAGGGAUUUGUUUGUGUGCAGUAUGCAUUUGCAAGUGAUUACGAUGAUGGUCCAUAAUUUUAUAGUACACUCUCUGCUUCACGUA